AUGCUGCUUCUGACUCUCGCUCCCCUGUGCUUGUGCCUGUGUUGUGUGUGUCCUGGUUCCGGUGGCAACUUUCCUGAGGCCCAUCCACGCGUCGAACACUCCUGCCUGCCAAAGGGUGGUGCGUCCCUGGGAGGGGCUUUGCCAGAGAGGAUCCGCCUUUCUAGACGUCUCGAGAACUGCCUCACCACUGCAGAACGACCCGGGGACCUGCUGGCAGUGCGUGUGCGUCGAGUGAGGAGUGGGGGUCCGCCGUCUGAGCCGUCUCAGGCACUGGCGCACCGCGGCAAACGUGCACGCCUCAACACUCUGCCUUCCAAGGCGUGGUGCGUCUCGUCUAAAGGAGUCCUGCCUGCCAUGGGUGGCUCGGCGAGUGGGGAUCCGCCUCAGAAACCGGCUCACCAUCGCAGUAUGGCACGUGCUGACAGUGCGGCCCAGGAAGUCAUCUCAAAAACUGGCUUGCCACGGCAGCAUGGGACAGAAAGUGUUGCUCCCAGCGGUGGCGUGGCCUGGGUGAACAUUGGCAUGCAGAGUGAGGGAAGGAUCGUUCGGAAGUGGACAGGGUCAACGGAAGGCAGCAGGAGCAGCAGGAUUAACAGUAGUGGUGAUGUUUUGAGGGUCGGCUUAGUAGCCGCGGCACUAGAGGCGCACGUUCCUAAUUAA